UAUUGUUCCCAGAAUCUUGGAGCAGAUGUGGCUGGUUUCUGAAGGAUGAGUACUAGAAAAUAUUAAUGGUGCGGCAUUGGACUUGUGGCAGUGACUUCAGAACUAUAAGUAUGGUUGUUACUUUUUUUCAUAUGUGAAAGAUUGGCUUAGUUUCUAGUCUGAGGAAAAUAACCAGCAAACACAAGAGCAGCUUGGUUUGUCAAACAAGAUUCAUUUUUCAAGACUUUGCUUCUGUUUCCUCAUGAAUUAGUCUUCUGUUUCUGCUGUGGCAAAUCUGGGAGGGGACAUCUAGAAUGUUCUUGUCAUAUCUCUGCAGCCCAAGUUUUCCGUUACCAUAGAGAUCUCUAUGGGCUUUGCCCAGCCCUGCAGUGAACAUAUCCCAAGUAAUUAAACAAACAGAAACACGCUAAGGCUAAGUAUCUGUUACUCGGGCCGUUGCUGCCAUCAUCAUCUUUGGAGAAAAAGCUAACAUAAUUGACGAGGAAAAAACAGAAAGCUAUGAUGGACAAAAUAAAAUAUGUUUGCCUUGUAGUCUCCAUCAUACUGAAGGCAGUUUCACUUCAGACUACAAACUACAUCCCAGCAAUGAAUACUACAUCCAGGACUGAAAUGCUGACCGUUUCCAGUACAGAAGCAGGCAACAUCACUAUAUUGCAGAAUGGAAGUGCCAGCUUGAGUACAUUCACAACAACAGUGAAUAUUACCAACUUUCCUACGCUUCUACAAAGCACCCAUUCUCCUCAUACAGAAACAUCAGCUAUGACUGCUGAAGCCAAAACUGAGAUGACAUUUCCAACAGAGUCAUUCUCUACUAAUUCUACACAUCAAGCCACAGUUGAAGAUUUCAAUGUCACAACUUCAGCUACCACAUUAAAACCGACAGUCCAGCCUUCUAGUACUGCACCACCUAUCACCAGCAAGGGUUACCUUUCAGUUUCAGCAAUUCAGUUUCCAGCAGAAGGAGCUGGUUUGAGCAAUUCAGAUACCAUCCUAACCAUAUUUUUUGCCAUUGUUCUCGCACUGACAAUUCUCGGAUUCAUUAUAUAUAUUUUCAAUAAAUAUCGAAAACGAAGAGACCAAUUUUCCCAUCAUCCACUCUAUGAUGCCUCUUUUGAAACAGUGGACAGAUAUGCUACUCCAGAUGACACACUUGUAAUAUCAGGAGGCUUAUAUGAUGCACCAAGAAUUUCUAAUUCCAACAUGACAGUGUAUGACGAUGAUGAGCUUCAGAUUGAUCAGUUACCAUUUAGUGCUCAACCUGGACAAUACAGACUGGAGUUUUUGCCUGGUGAAAAAGAAGUGGACUUUUCUUCAACUUAUGAGGGAACAUUUCAAAUACCACCAGGAGGCAUAUAAUUGUUGGAGCACAGGAACUCUUUUAAAGUGGCUUCAAUAAAUAUUUGAACUUCUAUCCAGCUCAAUAAAAAUAAGAAAAUAAAAUUAAUAAACUAUAUUUAUUUGAAAACAAGGAACACUUCCAGCAGUGGAAUACAGUUAUCUGCUACUCAGUGACAACGAAUGACUUUCAAUUUCAUUGGUAAUAUUGUGCUUAAUUAAAUAACAUGAGCCUU